AUGGACCGCGCUCGCCGCGCAACAAACAACCGUCGCAAGCCCCUUGGAGUUUCUGCCUCUCCUCCGUCUACUUCGGACGCUUCGUUUGAGCGCCAUCAGUCGUCGGCCAGUCCCAUCAUGGCGCAUGCCACUAACACUCCCCAAGGCGCACCGCAGGGCCGGCGCGCCAACAAAUCUCUUCAGCCUGCCUUCACUUUCUCAACGCCAGGACCAACCCGGCCCUCCAAUCUGAGGAAGAGGUCAAAAACCAUGGAUGACUACGCCGUGGCCGAUGACGACUAUGAAAAUGAAAGCCCCAAAAAGGGCGGUCACAGCCUGCGCAAACGCGCGCGUGUCGACUACACCUUUGAGCAGAUUGACGACGACGCUGACUUUUCAACCCCUGUUUCUGCAUCUACAUCCGCCUCAGCCCGCAAUAAGAAGCGAAGGCCGGACAGCAGCAGCUACGACUCCGAGGAUCUCUACGGCUCCGGACUCAAGAGGAGAGGCGCCUCGAUGGACGCUGACACGCCCUCCAGCCGGCGCCGCAAUCCCGCCAGGAAGAUGCCCGAGGCGAGAGCCUACAGGGACGACGUCGAGGACGACGAAAACGACGUCCAGGACACCAUUGAGGUCGGCGUUCUGUAUUCAGACUCUGAGAAAUCCGACAGCGCUCACAUGGAUCACUCAAAUGCUUCAUCCACGGACCUGUCCGUCGGCCCACAAAAAUCGACUCCCAUCCAUUCAGGCCAUGACAGCAGCUUCAGUCUUGCCGGCCUCGCCGAGCAGCCGCCGGACGCUGAGCAGCGCUUGAAUCACGCAGAUCCGCCGUCUGCCAUUGCCUCUGUUACUGUUGCCUCUCCUGCCGAUAUCCCUGAUAUCAAGCCCGAGAGUGAGUCUCAGUCUCAGUCUCUCACUCAAUCUGAGCCUAGCCGUGCGCAGGUGCACUCGCCACACGACACCACGGCACCAGCCUCACACGCUCCUGAAACUGCGGCUGAGCCACAACUCAAAAUUCAACAAGCUCACGACGCCACUUUGAAUACAGUUGUUGCAGAAGAUGGCGCUCAGCCGUCUCCACACGACAAAAGCAAUAACAAUAACAGCAGCCUGGAGCAAACUUCUGAGAAACAUGAGCAACUCUCACAGACUCGCAAAUCCCCUUCCCUGUCUUCACCUGCACCGCCUGCAUCGCACGCACCCGAAGUGACACCUGUUGAAGAUACCGCAGCUAUUAAGCCGUCUCUCCAACUUCCCGAUAAGGAAAUUCUUCAAGACAGCCCUCAGGAGACACGGGACAGCAAUAUUCGCUCCCAGGCCGAGCCUGAACCACAACCUCUGUUACAGGAGCAACCGUAUUAUCCUUCGGCUGCAGCACACUUGUUUACGGUUUCUGCCCGAUUAGUACAACAGCCUGAGCCUCAAGCCCAUACUACACCUAAACAGCAGUCUCCGGAGCAGGAAUCCAAACCGCCCAGCCCUCCUCCUGCGGCAAUUGCUGCGGCAGUUGACAGCACACCAGCGUCUCCUUCAACAUCUGCCUUCGACUCCGCAAUCAUGGAAGACUCCCAGACAACAAGUGCGGACGUGAAAUUCGCCGAGCCGCCGGCGCCACUGCCAGAAAACGAGGUUACUGUCAGCACAUCAUUGCCAGAAGUACUAGUUCAAGACGUUCAGGUGAAACCCGCAGCCCAGACGUCAUCAUCCCAACCCUCUGAGCGCGGACCAUUCAAGCCGCAACCCAGACCUGCUGGUCGCUGGGCUCACCUGACACCAUAUAUUGAUGGGGAGUACAUCUCAUAUCCUGAGAGGAAGGGACAGCAGGAAGAUGAGGUGGCCACCAGUGAAGAUCAAACUGCAGAUGACCGCGAGACCAAUGACAUGGAGCCGUUGGUUGAUGACAAUGACGACGUGCCUGACGCUACUGGAAUUGAGGCACCUACUCCUGCUCUCAACACGCCCUUACGAGGUUCUCCUGUCCCUGACUCAAUCGAUCCAACUGCCUCUAAUUCCCCAGCUGCUGCCGGAGAUGACGGCGAUGAUGUGGACGUUUCUGAAGAUCCUCCUGAGCGAAGUCGAUCAUUCCGCUACCGCAAGCUCAGGAGUCCCGACGAAUACCUCGCCGCCAUUGAGAACUUUGAGGACAUGUCAACAGCUGAGCUGUAUGAGGUUUUAGAAUCCAUCAAUGUUUCCCUUCUUCAAUGGCAAACCGAAUGGACCGGCCUCGGCAAGGUUGUCGACGAUUAUGAAAACUCUCUUCGCCGACGCGUAGCAGACAUCAAAUAUGAGUCUCGAACACGCAACUUCCACCAGCACGGUGUCAAUUACGAGGAGCCCGAGUUUGUCGUCAAGGGAUACAAAUCCAAAGAUAAAGAAGGCAUGACUGAGACGCGCUACCUCCAGAAUCAGGAUAGAAUCAUGGCAGCCGCUUAUGGAUUUGAGUAUGACCCACAUCCAUCCAAGAUUGGCCGCCAGAAUCCGGAGACGCAGCAGGCAGGAAUCAUGACCCGCGGCCGUUCGUUGCGCAAUCAGCCAAAGCCCACGGCCAAGGCUACUGAGGCAGAUGAAGUCACGGGCAAAAGACAACGUAAGCCCGUUCAAUUGUUCGACCCUGCAAGCCAGGAUAUUAGUCGCAGCUCGACCCCGGUUCCGACCACCAGGCCUCGGCGACGCAAGACGGCCAAUGGCGACAACGAUGAUGGCCAGUUUGGUUUUGCCAGCUUUAAUAGCGAAUCUAUCCUCUCGGAUGAGGAGGUUGGCGAAACGAAGAGAAGACGCAACCGUGCGACACGACCCAAGAUGGCUGUCCCCAGCAUUGUCGAGGAGCUCGUAUCCGCUCCUCCAAGCGAAGAAUCCUCUGUCCGUGAAACACCAUCAAGGUCCGGUCGCAAGGCGCGUGUCAAGCAGCCAAUCAAAUACGAUGAAGAGUCUCUUGGCUACCAAUUCGUCGAGGAGGAGCCUCAGAUGGAAGAGAAGCCACCUAGGCGUCGCCAUCUGCUGACUCUAAAGAUCCCCAAGGGCAAGAACAUUAGUGAACCGUCCUCUGAAAUCACUGAUAAUGGUGACUCGCGGCCCUCGACAGCCGACUCGGACUCGACCUCGCACACUGCCGAGUCCUCGUAUUCGUUCCGCCCCAAGCGUCAGAAACGAUUCCGCGAUGACGCCGAAGAGAGUGAAGAAGCCGCACAGGCUCCCAUAAAGAAGAGGAACAAGCGUACCAGCGGCAUAGCCCCUGUCGGAGUCGAAGAGGAUCUUGCUCCAGCGGAGAUGCUCGACCCAGAAGCUCUUGCAGGCGCCAACAAUCGCAAGAUCCAGAAGAUCAAGGUGGUUCGAAAUAUACCCGCAAGCCGCAAGGGCACGCCAUCGUCUCUGCCCAAUGGUGAGGAAGCAGAGGAGCCGCAGAAGGAUUAUAAGUCUAUGACCAAAUCCGAGAAGAUGUCGGCAUCUAUGAAGAGUCGAUGGGCCAAUGGCAACAUGGCUGGUGCUGUCGAGAAGCGAAAGGCAACCCUCGCUGCUAAAAAGGCCGCGCAGGCAGCGGCCGAGCAGAGGGUUGGGCUCAUCGCCCCGAAGCCCAAGGUGAAGUCGGCCAAGAAGGAGCCGAUUGAGCAGACUCCAAUGCCUCCGCCGUUUAAUCCUCAGCAGCCGCAACAACAUAUUCAUGGAAUGGGAUACUCAUACCCCUCAUCUUAA